GUGCUGGUUCUGCAUAAUUAUGCAUUUUACUAGUGCAUCCCAUGCACUUAGAACAUGCAUGAUCCACAUGUAUAUUUUGUUAGAAAGCAGAGGAUUGACAAAAGUAUAGUGGUGUAAUGAUUGUUAUCAAAUCUUACUUCUAUUCUUUCAAACAGAUAUGUAUUCUAUUUUGAUGAUUUUUUGCAUAAACCUGUUCAAAAAAGGAGAUAUUUCUAUAUUUUAUAAGUUUAUUGCACUGAGCCAUUAAUGGUAAUCGCUUCCUUAUAUGGAGAACACAGCUAGAAAUACGGUUCUAGGGACACCAUUCAAGGAGAAUCCACCAGUUUUAUAGACACCAGCCAAAAGUUUCAUGAUUUUGUACAUAGACAGCCACUUUUCAUUUUUGUUUUCGUUUUUUAAUAUUUCACCCACUUUAUUCUCUUGUAGCAUAUCCUUUUAUUUAAACCAUUUCCUUAUUCCUGCACACACUACCAUUAAGCUUCCCCUCACUUCCACUCUUUGCUUAUGCAAAAUAAGAACCAUGCCAGUCUUCCCUUAUAGCUGCUGCUUCUUCUUCUUCUUCCUUCUAUGUUUAUGUCAUUUCUGCUCUUCCCUUAAGACCUGUCCAGCUUGUGGCCAAAUAGAAAUCCCAUAUCCACUAAGCACAAGCCCCAACUGUGGUGAUCCACACUACCCUCUCCGUUGUGAUUUCUACUCACAGAAACUCUACUUUGAUGCCCUCAAUGGAAGUUCUUAUCGAGUACUGAGAAUCAUGGCUCCAUUUCAGCGCCUGGUGAUUCAACCAUCACCUUGGUUAUCUGCCUCAUGUGUUACUCAAGACAUGCCGGUGAGCGAGGGCAUCUGGUUAAACCAGUCUCUCCCUUUCAACAUCACUUCCUCCAACACAGUUUUCCUACUCAACUGUUCUCCGCGUCUCCUGGUUUCUCCUCUGAAUUGCACUCCUUCUAGUCUUUGUCACCGUUAUUUGGAGAGCUCAGGACAUGUCGAUUCCAAGCGAGCAGCUCAGUGUACAAGCGGUGUUGAUCCUUGUUGCACCUUCAUCGCAGGUGGGAUGCCUUCUGCAUACAAGAUAAGGCUUCACAGUUCAGGUUGCAGAGCGUUUAGAAGCAUCCUUCAUUUGGAUAUAGAGAAGCCAGCAAAUGAAUGGGAAGAAGGAUUGGAAAUUCAAUGGGUUCCUCCACCAGAACCAGUUUGUAAAACGCAAAUAGAUUGCUCUGGAGCUUCCAAAUGUUCACCUACUGGUGUACAAGGGAUUCUUCGCUGCCUAUGCAAUAAGGGAUACCAUUGGGACCAUGUUCAUGGAACUUGCUCUAAAAACAAGGGGAAGACAGCAGCAAGCCUUAGUAUAAAGGUCUCCUCAGGAGUCAUCUCUUUCUUCAUUGUUGCAGCAAUCCUGGCAGCAAUAGGAGUAAGAAGAUCUUCAAGGUAUUCUAACCGCACAAAGCUUACCAAGGCGAGAGAAAACAUGAUCAAGUGCCGUGGAGGGAAAUCUGCCAGGAUUUUCCACUUGAAAGAGAUGAAGAAAGCAACCAAUGGCUUUUCCAAGCACAGGAUUUUGGGGAGUGGUGGUUUUGGGGAAGUCUACAAAGGAGAACUUCAAGAUGGGACUAUCGUGGCCAUCAAGUCAGCUAAAGUAGGGAACUUCAAGAGCACAGAACAAGUACUUAAUGAAGUCGGGAUACUUUCGCAAGUCAAUCACAAGAACUUAGUUAGACUCUUGGGUUGCUGCAUGGAUUCUGAUCAGCCGUUGAUGAUCUAUGAAUACAUACCAAACGGGACUCUUCAUGACCAUUUAAAUGGUAAGUUUUCCACAUUUCUGGAUUGGAAAACCAGGCUCAAAAUUGCUUUACAGACUGCAGAAGCACUGGCAUAUUUACAUUCUUCAGCAUAUACCCCCAUCUACCACAGAGAUGUCAAGUCAAGUAAUAUACUUCUGGAUGGAGACUUUGAUGCAAAAGUAGCAGAUUUUGGACUGUCCCGGUUGGCUAGGCCAGGGCUGAGCCAUGUCUCAACCUGUGCUCAGGGAACAUUGGGAUACUUGGACCCUGAAUACUACCGAAACUACCAGUUGACAGAUAAAAGUGAUGUUUAUAGUUAUGGUGUUGUGCUGCUUGAGCUUCUUACAUCGCAGAAUGCCAUUGACUUCUCACGUGACGAAGAUGAUGUUAAUUUAGCCAUUUUUGUGAGCCAAAGAGCCAAAACUGGUGCUCUAAUGGAGAUUGUGGAUCAGCAUCUGCUAGACAAGGAGGAGGCUUCAAGUGAUAUUCUGGCAAGCGUAAAGCUCUUCUUAGACCUUGCUCUUGCCUGUCUGAGGGAGAAGAAAGAAGACAGGCCUGCCAUGAAGGAUGUUGUUCAACAACUCCAUUACAUAAUUCAAGUUCUCAAUCAGGAAGUGUGUUAGUUAGUUGGGGGAGUAGUAUUCCAUUACAUAAUUCAAGUUCUCAAUCAGGAAGUGUGUUAGUCAAUUGGGAGAUUAGUAUUCAAAACAUGGGAUUAAUUAUAAUUAAUAUACAUAUAUAUAUAUAUAUAUAUAAUAUGAAGGUUGUGACUGUUUAAAAAUGUCUUAAGUGGAUGCAAAAUAAUCUUUGAAUAUUCAUGUUGAAGGAAAUAGUGCCAAUGAGAGGACUCAGAUUUUGAGUAGCCCACAGAAGCUGUAAAAGCGAUUCCAAAGAUGGAUGUUGAGUCGGUGGAAAAACAUAUAGGAAAAGACUAGGAUCAGAUGCUUACUUUGCAAAAAAAUAAAAAAGGCGAAGUUAUCCCAAAGGCAUGGAGUGCUUCCAAGCUUGGGAGUAUUAGAAUCUUCUGA